AUGUCUGAAAUUCAGAGAUGGACGGUGAAUGAGCCGUACCUUGACAUACCGGGAACGCUACUCGAGGGCCCCUUUCACGAUGUGGCCAAAAACGAAUUCCGUUUCGUUGAUAUCUGGGAUCAGAAACUCUACCGUCUCGAUCUGGCAAAGGGUCCUGACUCCUUGAGAGUCAUUGAUACCGCCGCUUCCGUUGGGCAAUCCAUGUGGAUUCUUAGUGUCACCGCCAACAUCGUCGACCCAAGCGGGUCUAACGAGGAUCAGCUGAUAGUUGGGGCCAAAUAUGGGUUUGCUCGGCUGAACCAAACUACCGGGGAGCUAUCCUAUAUCCAAGAAGUCUGGGGCGAAGAAGAUGGACCAGGCAAAGCGGAGAGAAUGCGUUUCAAUGACGGCGCAGUCGACAGCCACGGCCGGUUCUGGGCCGGAGCCAUGAACGACCCGAAAAUCAAGAACCCAGAAGCAGAGGGCGUUCUCUUCAGACUGGAUCCAGACCAGAGUCUGCACCGCAUGCUCGCACCAGUGACGAUCCCCAACGGGAUCGGAUGGAACCUCGCAGACGACGUGAUGUACCUGACGGACUCGCCGACAGGCAAGAUCUAUGCCUUCGACUUCGAGGCGUCAACCGGCGCUAUUAGCAACCGGCGCGUGCACUUCGAUAUCGGUGAGGCGCUGGAGCCGGAUGGCUUCGCUAUCGACGUGGAGGGAUGCAUCUGGACCGCUGUUUACGGAGGCGGGAAGGUCCUGCGCAUCUCGCCCGCUGGACAGGUUAUCGGUCAGAUUGACCUGCCUACGCGUAACGUGACCUGUCCGGCUUUUGUGGGCACUGAGUUGUUCAUUACUACCGCUAAGGAUGAUCGCGAUGAUGACCGGUUGCCGCAGUCGGUUAGGUAUGGCGGCCGGCUUUACAGGGUUGAUGUUGGGAUCCGAGGCAAGUCUAAGAAUGAGUUUCGGUUUCAGGGCUAG